GUCGUUCUGUGUAGCAACCGCUGCUACGAAUGCCGAGGACAUGGGAAUGAGUGGAGUCAUGGAGCAGCCCACAGGCAGAGCAGUUAGCAGAGCCCAGUCCGUUCCUAGAUAUGGAAUCUCAAGCCCUCUUAAAGGACAUUUAAGUACGAAAAGCAAUGCAUUUUGCAUUGGACCAAAUAGCAGACUGAGUGAUCAGUAUCAAAUCCGGGAUCAAAUGCUUGUUCACUACAAUAAAAUCAUCAAGGCAAAAGCUGCCAUUGAUUGCUCACCCCCGAAGAGUAUAUCGAGAAGCAUUAAAUACCGUGACCAGCAGCGAAGGGAAAAAAUCAAAAAGCAGCUGUCACAGUUUGAGGUGGGAUCAUUGCAAAGGCAGCAGUCGAGAAUUGAUUGGCGCCCGCGUUCCACGGAAAGUACAGGUUCUUUAACCCAGAGAAAGGACCUGUAUCCUGAACGUGACCGAAAUGCAACAGACUCUCCACACUCUGAUCCUGGACUUGGGUGCCCUGCAAGAUCUGUUUUCUCCUCACCGAUACUAUAUGGGUAUUUAGAUUCCCCCUAUGACCUGAGCAGAAGUACACUCAAGGGAUACCCAGAUUAUAGAAUGGCAUCCAGAUCACACUGUGACGCGUCAAACUCAAGUUCGUGUAGCAGAGACUCAAAGUGUUUCAGCAAAUUUCAGGACAAUCAGAAGGCGACAUACAGUGGAGAUCUGUUAGACAAACACGCAGAACAAUUCAAAAACGCUUCACGCCCAUUUACACCACGCACCUUAAAGACAGAAGCGAAGUCAGUCCUUUCACAGUAUCGCUAUUAUACCCCACCAAGAAGAAAAAUUAAAAGCAGCGUGAAGGAGGCAGAUACCCAGAAAGAUAUGAACAGAAUGGCAUCCGAGAAACAAGCUUCACCAUUAAGCGGAGACAUGGAAGGAGAAUAUGAAGAUCCUCUUCUUGAAGACGGUUUAGGAGCCAGCUCCCAGUUUUCUGAGGACGAUACAGAGUGGGACCAAAGAGUGAACCAUCCACAUUCCCAAUCACGGCUGUCUUCUGAAAUGAACUCACCAUCUCCUGUUAUGCGGAAGAUCCAUUCUCAAGAAGAGGAACUUGCUUAUCUGAAAUUUGUAACCAACGUUACCACUGAAAUCCUGGCUCUUGGAUUCUUUUCAGACAGGGUUUUAGCUCGUGUGUUUGAACGCCAUAUUGAUGAAAACAGGCACCGAUUGGAUGAGGGUAAAAUGCGGCACCUGUUGGAGACACUCAAGGAAGACUUGGAUGACAAACAAACUCAUCGCAGAACUAAGAUCAAUGAUAUGCUUGCUACCUCAUCAAGUGAUUACUCAGGGAAAAAGCUACAUUCCAGCGAAUCACUUUCCAUUCCUCAGAAUUUCCUUUUGGAACCACGAAAUGUCACUUACCGGAAUGAAGAAGAUUCAGAUGACCUGCUUCAUGAUGAACCAGAGAAGUGUGAUGACUCUGCUGAGGAAGACCCAAGUCGUGGUGUCUUAGACUCGAUCAGUGGUGCUUUGGGCUCGCUAAAUUAUGACGAUCACUUGGAGAAAACGGACACGUUGCUGGACCUUCAUGACCUAGAAGAACAAUUUUCCAAAGUAGUUCAAGUGUCCAUGGCUGAAGAUCCAUCUGUGCCUGAAGAGGUGGAUGGAAAUGCAGAUCAUGAAGACGUAGUUGUAGAUCAAUUAAUUGCCAAUGAGUUGUGAAAAUAAAUUUAGACAGAAAUCCAGUGACUGUAAGGUUUACUAUUCACACUAUAUAUUUCAUCUACAGGUAUUUAAAAAACGGCUUUCAGACCUAUAACUGCUUCAGGGACGAGCCAUUCAUUUCAAACUUCUGGUCACUUAAAGGGCUAAACACAUAAACACUUUUAUUUAAUGUCCAGAAAGUUCACAAUAAACAGGAAAAGGUUGUGGAUUAAUGAAAUGUUUUAUGAGCCAUCUUUUAAAGCAGUCCUUAUAGAUGACAAUGCUAUUUCGAAGACCUUUUACAAUUUGCCCUCUGGCACAUGGUAAUUAUUGAUGUUUGGGCAACCUGUGCGUCAAGGGACCGAUUAUAGCACACCUUGGAGCAAUACCCACAGAGCUGACACUGAGAAAAUAUGCGUUCCCUGUAAGCUGAAUAGUGCAGAGCUGAAAUUAUUUAAAAAGAUAUUUAAAAUAAAAAAGAAAACAUGAAAGGAAGAAAAAAAAAAAAACUCUCCUGCAUUAAUAAUUAAUGCU